AAAGUAGAGCUCUUAAAUACCUACACACUUUAACUUCAGUCAGGUUUUUAAUGCAGGGUGUUUCCUUGCUGCAUGUCUGUUUAUAUCUCACUGAAUGUAAUCCCGGUAUGAUCACAUUCCUCUGGUAAGGCUGGUUAUGAGACUAGAGGAAGAGCUGCAGACAGGGAGGAAGUGAAACUGAAAGCAGGGAGUCAGACUGCCAGACUCCAUUUCACACUUGGACAGAGAGGAGGAGGACAGGUGUUACUGGUUUAUCUCUCAGACUGCAGAAAAUGAGUGGUUUAAAAGAUGAGGAAGAGGACAGAUCUCCAGUCUCCAGCUGUCUGUCUCUGAAGAGUGACCGGUCUAAAGAAUAUCCUCCAGACUUCAGGAAUGAACCUGGACCCUCAGACACAGAACUGGAGAAGAUGAGUGGUUUCAAAGCUGAGGAAGAGGACAGAUCUCCAGUCUCCAGCUGUCUGUCUCUGAAGAGUGACCGGUCUAUAGGAUUUCUUCCAGACUUCAGGAAUGAACCUGGACCCUCAGACACAGAACUGGAGAAGAUGAGUCGUUUCAAAGCUGAGGAAGAGGACAGAUCUCCAGUCUCCAGCUGUCUGUCUCUGAAGAGUGACCGGUCUAAAGGAUUUCCUCCAAACUUCAGGAAUGAACCUGGACCCUCAGACACAGAACUGGAGAAGAUGAGUCGUUUCAAAGCUGAGGAAGAGGAUAGAUCUCCAGUCUCCAGCUGUCUGUCUCUGAAGAGUGACCGGUCUAUAGGAUUACCUCUAGACUUCAGGAAUGAACCUGGACCCUCAGACACAGAACAGAGAGCAGAGGCUCCAGUCUCCAGCUGUCUGUCUCUGAAGAGUGACGGGUCUAAAGAUUUACCUAUAUUCUUCAGGAAUGAACCUGGACCCUCAGACACAGAAGAGAAGAGGAGAGGUCCUGUUCCUGUGGAGGAGCAGCUGUCCAGCUGUGCUUUCUGUCAGGACUUCCUGAAGGAUCCAGUCUCUACCAGCUGUGGACACUGGUUCUGCAGACAGUGCAUCACCUCAUACUGGGAGCAGGGACCUCCAUCAGGAGACCCCUCCUGUCCCCAGUGUGGAGAAAGAUGCAGCAUUAUACAAACAGAUGGUCUGCAGGAGGUUUUAGAGGAGCAUAGGAUCAGUCUGAGGAGGAGAUGUGAACGUGUGACUGAAGGAACUGAUGGAAGUGAAACCCUCCUCAACAGGAUCUUCACUGAGCUCUACAUCACACAAGGACGGAGUGAAGAGGUUAAUACCCAACAUGAGGUGAGGCAGCUGGAGACAGCUUCCAAGAAGGAGACCCUCCAUGACACUCCAAUCAAGUGCCAGGACAUCUUUAAAGCCUUACCUGACCAGCAGACCCACAUCAGAGCGGUCCUGACCAACGGCGUCGCUGGAGUUGGAAAAACCUUCUCAGUGCAGAAGUUCACUCUGGACUGGGCCGAGGGUUUGGAGAACCAAGAGGUCAGUCUGGUGAUCCCGCUCUCCUUCAGGGAGCUGAACCUGAUCAAAGAUGAGCAGUACAGUCUUCUCAGGCUGCUCCAUGUUUUCCAUCCAGCCUUACAGAAGGUCACAGCAGAGCAGCUGGCUGUCUGUAAAGUGCUGUUCAUCUUUGACGGCCUGGAUGAAAGCAGACUCUCUCUGGAGUUCAGAAACAGUGAGGUUCUGUCUGAUGUCUCACAGCAGUCCUCAGUCAACGUGCUGCUGACAAACCUCAUCAGGGGGAAGCUGCUUCCCUCGGCUCUCAUCUGGAUCACUUCCAGACCUGCAGCGGCCAAUCAGAUCCCUCCUGAGUGUGUGGACAGGGUGACAGAAGUACGAGGCUUUACUGACGCCCAGAAGGAGGAGUACUUCAGGAGGAGAUCCAGAGAUGAAGAACAGUCCAGCAGAAUCAUCUCUCACAUCAAGAGCUCCAGGAGCCUCCACAUCAUGUGUCUGAUCCCAGUGUUCUGCUGGAUCACUGCUGCAGUUCUGGACCACAUGUUGACUACAGACCAGAGAGGAGAGCUGCCCAAGACCCUCACUGACAUGUACUCACACUUCCUGCUGGUCCAGACAAAGAGGAAGAAGCAGAAGUACCAUGAGGGACAUGAGACGAGUCCACAGCAGCUGACGGAGGCUGACAGGGAGGUUCUUCUGAAGCUGGGGAGGCUGGCGUUUGAACAUCUGGAGAAAGGAGACAUCAUGUUCUACCAAGAAGAACUGCAGCGCUGUGGUCUUGAUGUCACCGAGGCCUUGGUGCACUCAGGAGUUUGUACAGAGAUCUUCAAAAGAGAGAGUGUGAUCUUCCAGAAAACAGUCUACUGCUUUGUUCAUCUGAGCGUCCAGGAGUUGGCUGCAGUCUACAUGCUGCACUGCUACACCAACAGAGACACAGCGGUACUGAAGGACUUCCUGCAGGGAGACUAUAACAGCAGGUAUAGCAGGGAUCAGGAUUACCCAUCCCUGGAUGUCUUCCUGUUGAGCGCCAUGAAGAAAUCACUCAGAAGUAAAAAUGGCCACCUGGACCUGUUUGUCCGCUUUCUCCACGGCCUCUCUCUGGAGUCCAACCAGAGACUCUUAGGAGGCCUGCUGGGUCGCAAAGACAAGGGUCCAACAAUCAUCCAGAGACUCUUCAGAGGCCAGCUGGGAGGAACAGACAUCCAGAGAGCCAUCAAGAACCUGAAGGAGAUGAGCAUUGAUGAAAUCUCUCCUGACAGGAGCAUCAACAUCUUCCACUGUCUGACAGAGAUGAAGGACCACUCAGUACAUCAGCAGAUCACAGAGUUCCUGAAGUCAGGGAACAGAUCAGAGAAGAUGCUCUCUGAGAUCCACUGCUCAGCUCUGGCCGACAUGCUGCAGAUGUCAGAGGAGGUUCUGGAUGAGUUGGACCUGAAGAAGUACAACACAUCAGAGGAGGGACGACGGAGACUGAUUCCAGCUGUGAGGAACUGCAGGAAGGCAGAACUAGCUGCCUGUGGACUCUCAGACACUCACUGUGAAGUCGUGGCCUCAGCUCUGAAGUCUGACCCCUCCCAUCUGAGAGAUCUGGACCUGAGUUACAACAAGCUGCAGGAUUCAGGAGUGGAGCUGCUGAGUUCUGGACUAAAGAGUCCAAACUGCAGACUGCAGACUCUCAGACUGAGGAGCUGCAGUCUGUCAGAGAUCAGCUGUGCUGCUCUGAUCUCAGCUCUGAAGUCCAACCCCUCCCAUCUGAGAGAUCUGGACCUGAGUGAGAACACUCUGCAGGAUUCAGGAGUGAAGCUGCUGAGAGAUCUUCUGGAGAGUCCUCUCUGCAGACUGCAGACUCUCAGACUAGCUGACUGUGGACUCUCAGAGACUCACUGUGAAGUCGUGGCCUCAGCUCUGAAGUCUGACCCCUCCCAUCUGAGAGAUCUGGACCUGAGUUACAACAAGCUGCAGGAUUCAGGAGUGGAGCUGCUGAGUUCUGGACUAAAGAGUCCAAACUGCAGACUGCAGACUCUCAGACUGAGGAGCUGCAGUCUGUCAAAGAUCAGCUGUGCUGCUCUGAUCUCAGCUCUGAAGUCCAACCCCUCCCAUCUGAGAGAUCUGGACCUGAGUCAGAACUAUCUGCAGGAUUCAGGAGUGAAGCUGCUGAGAGAUCUUCUGGAGAGUCCUCUCUGCAGACUGCAGACUCUCAGUCUGAGGAACUGCAGGCUGUCAGAGAUCAGCUGUGCUGCUCUGGUCUCAGCUCUGAAGUCCAACCCCUCCCAUCUGAGAGAUCUGGACCUGAGUUACAACACUCUGCAGGAUUCAGGAGUGAAGCUGCUGAGAGAUCUUCUGGAGAGUCCUCACUGCAGACUGCAGACUCUCAGGAUCAGAGGAGAGACGAUCAGAGCCAAGAUCCAGAAGAGCUGAGACUCUGAUGUAAACAGGAAGUGGAAACUGGACCGACUGACGGGAUAUUUUCCAUAAAGAACAAACCAUCAAUUUCACUUCAAGCUUUUCUUAAAAGUGAAGAUAAAACACUUAAAUAUAGAAUAGAAAAUAAAUAUCUUUUAAACCAAAUAUGAACAAAUGUUUCCUACAAGUCCCGCCCCAAAGUGCUGUGAUUGGCCGGUUCUAUUAAGAUAAAUACCUUGAUGCCUUUCAUAAUCCCAGGCUCCAGUUUCCUUCUCACCUGAACACACCUCUAAAUCUGUGUACAGGUAAUCCUACACCAUGACCAGACUCUGAUCCAACUGCUUCAAGUAUUUCAUCUUCUAAUGUUCUGAAUGUGUGGACAAUAGUUUAGAAACAGCUUGGCCCAUUUGGACAAUGUGGGAUGGAUUUGGGGGUUUGAGGAUGCUGAGUCCAUUUCUGACAUUUCCAGGAUCAAAGAUGGCAGCUUUAACCAGAAAGUGUCCAUAUGUGUCCUCUCUGUCGGCUGAUUUUGAUGAAUUCUGUGUCAGUUUGGAAAAUGUAGGGGACUCUGGAUCAUUUGGAUCGGACAGAUUGCUGAUUAGAAAUAAAUUGUCCAGAGUAAAGGUAAUAACUUUAA